GAGUUGGCUUUUAGCUUUGUGCGCGAGCGGGAGUUCUUUUUUGUUUUAUUUAUUUUCGCAUCAACGUCGAUCCCUGGAAGUAAGUGCGCACACAUGGCGGUACUACUGGCGACUCGAGCACAUUGCUAAUUCUGAUGUGCGAUAGGGUUAAGUGCGGUGCGGUGCGACUUGGUACGGAAUUGUACACCAGCAAGCUUGUGAGUGUAGCGGCUGCAGGGGCGAGUCGGCGGCGCCUGUCCAUAUUGGUACCGAAGCCAAUUUUCAAGUGCAAAAAAGCUGGCGUUGUUUAAUAGAAAAACAACAACAGAACAAAAAUUAGAGGCAAUCAAAUUGAAACGUGCAAAACGGCGAGAGAGAGAGCGUGUCGUUCCGUGCGUGUGCCAGCGUGCGUUCGUGUGUGUGUGUCUUCGUUGCGUUUGUGAGGUGAGCGAGAGCGAAAGCAGCGAGAGAGUGACUCUCAGCUGUCAGCUGGUUGUUAAAUUGCGCAAAAAGCCUUUAUAUAAACUCUCUCUCCCUACAUACAUAUGUACAACUACAUACACAUAGGCCGUGCAUGAAAAUAUGUACAAUUCAAUUUUGUUUUGUUUUCCAUGCACUGCGUUUCGUUAGAGCAGAGUGUCGUCUAUUCCCGAAAACAAAGUGCGGGCCCAGCGGGGCUGAGAGCAAAUAAGAGUGAAGUGCAUUUCUUUGUCGGCGUGUGCACGCGCUUCAAAGUUCGCUGCCGCUAAAAAAACGGUUGCGCUUUGACCAGGCCAAAAUCGAGCAAGGCUACAUAUACGAAAUAUCUCUCUCUCUGUCUAGUGUGAGCGCAAGCGUCGCGUCGGACAUCGAAUCGGACGUACAUAUUGUCGGGUCGGUAAAAUGCCAAUGCGAUUCCGAGUGUUAAUGAAAAAAGCAAAGUAUAUGAAAAUCUGAACAGCAGCAGUGAAGCAGCAGAAUAGCAACGGCGAAAAUCGGAAACUACUUACGAGUAUAUCAAAAGCAGUCUAUCAGGAAAGAGCGGCCACACACACGCACACACCAAAAAGCAACUUGUGGAGCUGAUAACGCCGAAGGGUGGGGCUUAAAGUCCACUGGCGUUGGGAUGUAUGCCACAAGGGAGACAAAGAGCGCGGCCAAGGCGCAGAAAAAGACCCAAAAGGUGUCCAAAAAGCAGCAGCAGAAGCAGCAACAGCAGAACGGCAUCAAAAUUGGGAGCACAACGAAGUCUCCGCCUAACGCCAAGACCCCAACACAAACGAACAGCACCACAACCAACAACAACAAUAAUAACAUUGUGCCAAACAACAAUAAAGAUCCGCCAGCAGAAUCGACAAACACAAGUCAGAAAUUUCGGACACAUUACGAGGCGGAACGAAGGGCCACAGUGACAGCCACAACGCUGCCAUCACUGCCGGGAUACGAGAAUGUGGCCAAGAUGGAGCGAUCCAACAGUUUCUCGCUGCGGACAAAGCUCUCGAAGUUCAUCAAUCACCUGACGGGCAGCAAGGAGAACCUGUCGCGCUCCGAGGAGGAUGCGGAAUCAGGCCGCACGCCAUUCACGUUCACGCGUAGCCGCUCCAUGAUCCUGAUGCGUCGGCCCAACCGUCGGAGCUUCAUUGAGCCACAGCUGGAGCAGCUGUCGGAGGAGACGGAAAAGUCCGGCGGGGAUCUCACCUCACCGGCCUCUCCCCGCAAGACAUCGGUGGCCGAAGAGUCGCCUGUUAUGCUGCGGCGCGGGGAGGUGACCGGCUCAGUGCGGACGCCGACGCGUCGCCAGUCGGCGCAUCCGAUUACCUCCACGCCGCUGGAUGAGGUGUCGUCGGUGUCGGUGCCCGCUGUGCAACGGAAGGCCUCCCUCAUGUCCGACAAUCCGCAGCUGAAUUUCCAGAAGCGUCGCUCCAACACGCUCAUCGCCUCCUUCAAGAGCACCUUCAGCGGUCUGGCCGGCGGCGGUGGCGGUGGCAUCGCUGGCAGCGGUGGUGGAGCCAGCGAAAAGAAGGACAAGAUGAACCCCAAGUGGAGCGCCUCGCUGCAGUCGCUGCAGGCCAUCGACAAUAUGGUGUCCUAUGCCAACAUGUCCUUCAUCGACUACGACAAAUUCAACGGCUACGAGAAGCAGCUCGAGCGGCAGCAGUCGCUCAUGAGCCUCGCGGAGCAGCCGCUGCCCGUUGCCACACAGUUGCCACUGCCUGCCACAGCCAUGACACACUCGCACUCUCCCUCGCCCUCACUGCCCGUCCCCCUGGUCUCGCCCAUGGAUGAGACAGUGGCCAGGACGGUGGUGAUGCGGCGCAACAAGCGGGGAAACAGCAGCAGCAGCACCUCCUUGGCGGCACGCACCAGCCUGGACACCGACUACGAGCACAAUCUGGACAAGGUGCACAAUGUCUAUCGCGAGAGUCUCGAUUCGCGCACCCUGGAGCUGCUGAAUCUGCGUUCCCGCAACUCGUUCAUCCAGGAUCAGCCGCUGCUCUUCGAUGCCCUCAAUCUGGAGGAUGGCUCUGUGGAGCGACGGUGUAAGCUCUGCUCCCAGCGUGUGGUCAGGAGCGGCAGCAUGAAGCAGCAGCAACGUGACGCCGUGGACGGGCGGGGGAAUCCAAAGAAACAGCUUAAAUCGAAAAGCCUCACGCACUUGGAUGGCCUCGAUACGGUGGUGGCCUGCCAGCACGGGCCCGGAGGGACUGCAGCGACUACCUCGAUUGUCCAAACGGCUGCCACACCUGGCGUGUCCUCUGGGCAUCAGCACCAACAGGCGGCAGCAACGACACCAACGGCGCUUGGCCGGCAGCCUCAUGCGACGGAAAAGAGCGAUCCGUCCGUGUCCGUGUCCGCGUCCGUGUCCCAUCCACCCACAAUUUACACCCAAGCACCGCAGAUCGUGCGUCGAGCGCCGUCGCUGAUGCUCUCACUCUCGCCCACGCUCGACACAACGACCACGGCCGCGUCCGCCUGUUUUGCUGGCUCCGGUCGACCCACUGUGCACUCGAGUGCCAGCUCCUUGCACCAACAUCAGCAGCAGCAACAGCAGCAAAAGCACCCACAAGAGCCGGCCAUGGCUGCGGCGGUGACGAGUAGUGGUAGUGGCUCAACGACAACUCAUUCGAUACCCUCCUCCUCCUGCUCCUCCUCCUUCAAACACUUUCAGCAUCCGGGCGGCGAGGCGCAGGUGGCAGCGGCAGCGACCUCGCUGAGCCCCUACAGCAGCACGCCUCCUGCGGGCCCACCGCUGAGCUCACCGUCAGGCCUGUCGGCGUCAACGCCGGCGACAGUCAAAAAGAAAUCCUCAUUUUUGCAGCGCAAGAAACCGCUAUUGACACGCAGCGAGGUAUCCAGUUCCGAGUUCUUUUCCGUGUCGUUUUGCAUGGAAUCGUCCCAGCAUCCGGACGAGGAAUUCAUACCGGCCACAAAAGGAGUCACCCUACUUAACGCCCUUAGCCAUGCCCUGCGGCGGAGGAACCUCACGUUUUCACAGAUCACGAUAACGGACAAUAAUCCCACGCCCAGUUUUUUGGAUGCAGGUCCUUCGCCCGCAACGAGUUCCGUGGAUGAGCAAACCGAUGUGGAGAACCUGGCUGGCCAUCACUUAUGCAUCACGGAACGUGGCUCCAAUCGCAAACCGUUGCAGAAGGCAGCCUCCUUUGGUUCCCGACAACCGCCGCCCCGCCUGCUGCCCUCCGCCUCGACGGAAGAGACCAGCGAUGCGGCUGUGGCGGCUGGCAAACAAAUCAAACAACGAUGGUCCUCACUCUUCGGCAUCAAGAACCCCCAGCAGAGCCAGCUGUGUGAGCUGCUGAACAGCUACUCGCGGAAUGGUGUGCCCCAGCGGGCGGAAGGUCUCAGCUUUGAGCAUCCGGACCUCGACAACUCGCUGGCGUACCUGCAGAACAUGCACAAGUCCUGGCGGGACUUUGUCGAGAGCGACGGCAUGGCCGAGAGCGAGGUCAAGAUCCAGACGGCCAUCUGGGAGCUGGUCACCACCGAAGUGUACUACAUACACGCCCUGCAAACGGUGACAGAGCUUUUCCUCGCUUGUCUGGAGGCUGUGCAGGAGGAGCGGCUGCUGAUUGAUGUCGACCAGGCGAGGCUGUUCUCCAAUGUGCGAGCCGUUUGCGAGGCAAACAUCAAGUUCUGGACAAUGUGGCUCUAUCCGAUGGUGGCCCACAGUGUGGUGACACACGAGCCACUGCGCUGUGCCUUCUUCCAGGAAGGAUUCAUUGCAUUCGCCUCAAUAUUUGCGCCAUACAAAAUCUACUGUGCCGAGCAGAGCACCUGCCAGUUCUACUGCAAGGAGCUCAAUCAGAACAAUCCGCUGUUCACCUCGUACCUGGCGUGGUGCGAGUCGCAGAAGAUGUGCAACCGCCUGCGGCUGGCCGACAUUGUGGUGCGACCGAUGCAGCGCCUGACAAAGUACAGCCUCCUGCUGGCCGCCAUCAAGAAGCACAUGAGCGACGUGGAGGAGAUCGAGGCCAUUGAUGUGAUGAUGCACAGCGUCGAGAACUUUGUGGGCAGCGUCAACAAUCAUCUGACAAUGCGGCAGGAGAACGAGCGGCUCAAGGGCGUGAUGGUGCGGAUUGAGUCCUACGACGUGGUGGACACCAACAACGAGGGGCUGGACAAGCUGAUCAAGCAGCACAGCCAGAUGUUCGAUCUGUGUGCCCCGAUGCGCGGCUGUCCGUCAUAUCAUGUGCGGCACCUGUUCAUGGAGGGCGACCACAAGUUCAAGGACAACCUGGGCAAGUCCGAUGUGCACUGCUUCCUGCUGACGGACCUCCUGCUCGUCUGCAAGACCAUGGCCAAGCGGGGACUGGGCGCACUGAAGGUCAUCCGGCAGCCGUACCUGACCGACCAGCUAAUCGUCCACAUGGCCCCGAACAACACCCUCAACUGUGUCUACCUCAACGAGUUCCAGGUGGCCAGCACGGCGUUCACGCUGCAGUGCACCGAGGCCAAGAACUGGUACGACGCGAUGUGGCGGGCCAAGACCAUCUACCAAAGACUGAAGCGCGGAGCAGGAGGCGGCGGCGGCGGCGGGGGCACUGUGGGUGACAGCUUCCGCUUUGGAGGCAGCGGCACUAGCGGCGGCACGGCCGACUCCCUGGGGGUGCGCAAGUCACCGAUGAACUCCUCCAUCUGCAGCCAUGUGUCGAGUGCGAACAACAGCCACAGCGGCAGUGUCGAGUGGAACGAUUCGCGCAACAUAUCCGUGGACUUUGAGAAGACAAACUCCGUGUCGAGCGACGAGGGAUCCGGCCUGACGACAGGUAACCAUGGAAUAGCCACGAAGGGAAAGCAGCAACUGAUUAGCGGUCUGCACAAGGCAAAGAUUGGGAUGAUUGGCGCGAUUGGGUCCAAGUCGGCGAAUACACUGACUGUGCAGCCAUUGAACCACCUGGGGCAGAGUCUGCCCAACCUGAACAUGCACCACAGUCACACUAACAAUACCCUGCUCGUGCCGGGCACGACCACUAGCCACUCGGGCAACAUGUUGUUGUCGCCCAGCCAUCGUGGCAUUUCCUAUCCGCCGCCGAGCCCAACGAGAGUGCCGCUGCGACGUGGCAUGGCCUUCUCGACCUCCACCAAGAAUCCGCCACUGCGGAAGACGCGCAACGUGACCUCCCAGAACAGUAUUAACUGGCACCAGAUACCGGCCACCCCGACGCCCACGCCGCCCAGUCCCCGGUCGCAGCACAGCUCCACACCCGCCGCCAGCAUUGCCCUGCAAAAGUCGCUGCCAGUGCUGGACCCAUCGCCACCGUUGCUCCACAAGCAGCUCUCCCACCAGGCACCCCUGACGACAUCCAGCACCGAGACGGACGUAUGAUGUGGAGCCAAACUCCGGCGACCAGCGACCGGUGCCCGCAAGCUGUAGCACUUGGAGUUGUCCUGGAAAGUAAAGAGCGUGUACUUAACUUAACCUGUCACAAAUUAGCAAUAGCACACACACACACACACACACACACACACACACACACACACACACACACAGAGAGCACUUUUCUAUUAGGAGGAACUUAAACUUGAACUUGUGAGAAACGGCACUUUUGGGUCCAAAUAAUGUACAUUCCAAAACCAUCUACUAAAACCUAACUAUCAACCCCGCGUCAGACCACCUAGCCUCUCAAGCUUCGACCUUUACUGAACACUGGAAACACUCAGCCAUAUUACGAGUAUUCUUCCCCUAAAGAUAUAAAGACAAUUAAAGUUUAACCAAUGGAAGAAGUUAA